CCGGCUUUCCUCACCAAACUAUUCACAAUGGUGAAUGAUUCAGAGACCAAUCAUCUCAUUAGAUGGUCCGAACCAUCUGGUGACUCUUUCUUUGUCGUCUCAUCUGAACGAUUCGGACGUGAACUUUUACCAAAAUAUUUCAAGCACUCCAAUUUCGGUUCAUUUGUUAGACAACUUAAUAUG